GUUUUGAGUAUUGUGUAAUGGUACUGUGAUUGUGAGUUUAAAAAUCAAUUGUACUUCGAUACUCGCUCAAUUGUAAUUGAUAGUUUAUAAUUAUUACUUUGUUGUGUUUAUUUAACUUUUACAACGAUGUCUUUCAUGGAUUUUGAUCUUUAACAAUACGAUCUGUGUUUGUGAAAAUUUGUAGGACAACAAGUGUAGUGACGCGCUAUUGUAGACAGAGGGCUCAGCGAGCUAAAAAUACACUGAUACGAAUUCUAACAGCAAUUAGAAAAUCUCUACUUCUACUCUUAUUUGUGAUGUUCCCGCAUCCCAUCAGCGCGGAAGAACAGAAGUCGAAUUUAAUUCCGAGUGUCAAUCUUCUCCAUUCAAAAAGAAAAGGAAUAUUCAUACACCCCUCUGCUAUGUACAGAAGUAAUGCACCGUGCUGCAAAUAUACAAGCACAGCAUUUAUAAGAAGUUUUAGUGGGUAAAACAAAACUCAAAAUACUGAAGAUGAAACUUUUGGAAAGCGGUCGCUUGGAAGCGCUUAGCCGCGCACUUUCGAUCUUGAACGGCGACAGCGCCGUGCAGGGUCGUGUCGAAAGUUACAGCUGUAAGAUGGCGGGAAGCGAGAAAGCCUUCUACAAGCGUUUUACUGCUGAUGGAGAGACCACUCACAACCUGCAGGCACUGUCACCUCCAGAAGGUGUUACAUACAGUCGCAGCCUGUCAGGAGAUGAGGAUGGCGUUCUCUGUGAUACAAUAUCUCGGAAGACAUUAUUCUAUUUGAUCGCCACAUUGAAUGCGGCAUUCCCUGAUUAUGAUUUUUCAAUGGCAAAGAGCAACGAGUUCAGCGCGGAACCGUCGGUGACGUGGGCGCAGGGUGCGGUGGACGCGGCGCUAUCGGCGGUAGGCGGCGCGCGCUGGCGGCAGCUGCGGCCGGCGUUGUGGGCCGCCAUAGACGAUGAGGUGGCACUCGCUGACUGCCGCAUUUACAGCUACGGACCUGACCUCGCUAGUGACCCCUUCGGUGAGCCUGGCUGCCUCUGGACAUUCAACUACUUCUUCUACAACAAGAAGCUCAAAAGGAUUGUGUUCUUUACAUGCAGAGCAAUGAGCCCCGUGUGUGCUGUGGACUCUGGCGUGGACUUUGCUAUGGAUGAAGAUGAAGAAUAUAACUAAGUUUUACAAUCAAAUUUUUCUGUAUUGCACUUUUUUUUCUUCUUAUUUCAAAAUAUAUUUACAUUUAUAUUACUUAGAGCAACUCUUAGUAGAAAAUAGAAGAUAAUCUAUAGGUAAUUGUAAUUUACCAAUGAAGUAGUUAUUCACAAAUUUACUUAUAGCAAUUGUUUUUUUUUAAAUAAACGCAGGUUAUUGGCGUCAUAUCAAUUAUUUUUUCGUAACCAUGUAGCUGAAGGUUUCCAGUACAGUGGCUAAUUGAGAAUGAAGUUUGUGUAAUAUGUUUUAACAACAAAUUUUUCAUGUUGGUGCUUGGUGUAUAGACAUUAUUUUACUUGAGGCGUCUAAGUCUAUGUAGGUAUCUCUCUGUCUACCAAGGAAGGGUAACAGUCACUAGAGGUUAGUAGAUAAUAACAAUUUUUCGUAAGCAAAGAUACAUUUUUCUUAUUAUAUAAUUAUUUUUACACUAAGUCUAACCACAUAUGUUUAUCGGUAUAGACACAAAAUGAACGGGACAUUUCUAUCAAUUUUUUAUCAAUCUUAAGGUAGAGCUAAAAGUUAAGGUAAAAAUAUUGUUCAUGGAUAGAUUUG